UCGAGUAGAGUUGCCAUACAGUGUUCAUGUGAUCAUCGAACUUAAAAUCUGAUCGAUUUUUAGAUCAUUUAAUUUAGAUCACAACAAAAAAGAGGGACGCUGCUUUUAAAUUUUUCAAUAAUAAAGUGAAUUGUACUUAAAUAGUUAACAAAAAAUGGCUAAAAUGCCAGGAAUACAGAGGACUCCUUUGAGUGAAAAGGGCAAUAAUCUAGAAGUUCCUGGCGAAAAAAAGGAAUUCAUAACUCCAACAAAAAUCCCGGUUAUGCUAGACCCUUUUAAGACACCAGAAAUACGUCUCGAGCGUCCUAAAGAGUUGCUGGAACGUUUGAAGUUAUCCGGCUCGGCCUCCCGGGUGUGCAAAAACGUACCGUGCUCCAUCACAAUCUGCACUGAACCACGUCCAUUGCGCUCUAGGGAACUCCUCGAGCAAAUGGGUCUGCCGGUUGCCGCUCACCGUCGUUUCGCUUCAGCCUCGAAAACAGGCCAUGAACCCCCCCGGAAAACUCCAAACAAAGCAACGUGCAUUACAACGAGUACACUGGUGGUGCCAUCAAUUGGAUUCUCCUAUCCGAAGGCAACGCCGCCAGCAUCCUCAAAGCGAAGGUUGGCAUUCCAGAACGAGUUGGAUAAGGAUUCGUUACGGCAAAAGCAUGAGAGGAUUACAGCGCGUCUGAAAGAACUGAAAGUAGAGGGCUGGCAGGCAAGUGCAGAGAACCGGUUGCGUCGGCUCAGUAUUUCGGAUCUUCUGAGCCUGCUGCGCUACCUACUGCCCACGACAGGGGUUAAAUUGGCAAAGCCGGUGAACAGGGAUUCCUAUGUGGCGCUUUUGAUGGAGGCACUUCAGCUUCUGGGAUAUCGCAAAAAGGUCAAUCCAUCUUGGCUCCGAAUGCCGGAUGGUAAUGUGCUGGAAAUUCUUGAUUUUCUGUUGGAUUUCGUCGAGUGUAGCGAGGAAGGCAGCCUCUGUGUGUUUCCCAUUGUCGGAGAGCAGCAAGCAUUCGAGCAGGUAGCAAUGUGUUUUGGAUUAGACUCGGAGCAACUGGAGCAGAAAAGGCUGGAAUUGCUAGCCAAAGGGUUGGCCACUCCGAAUGAUUUGUUGCAUCUGCGACGGAGGCUGGAAAAUCUCAAACUUGAAAUACACAACUUUGAUUUUGAAGAAAAAUUAAAUGCACUAAAGACAGAAGAGCAAUGCCUUGAGACCGAUUUAGUCAAAUGUCGCCAGGAAAUUCUUCUGGUUAGCGGAGAAACCGCAGACUAUGAGAAAAAAAUUGGCGAGAUUUCAUCUAAAAACCUCACUAUGCAGCAGAAACUAACGAAGUUACAGAAUCAGGUGGAACAUCAAAUCUACACACCUCACGCUUACACAAGACUUCUAGAUCUGCGCGAAGAGCGCUCCCAAGAACUGAAACUGCAUCUUUUAAGAAUUCAAGAAUUUUCCGAGCGUCUUAAACUGGCCCAUUUAAAAUUCAAACGCUGUCGAAAAGAACUGAUGGAAACUAUCGAAGCCUUUAAUGUACAGAUGCGUGAUUUCGAGUACUCAUUGAUUUUCAAAAACGACCACCAGAUAUCCCUGCAAUUACCUUUAAAUCCCACACUACAAGAUAUCCGAGACCGGGUAAAGCAAUUGCAGCAACGCAGAAGCCUACUGUCGGCAGUUAAAUGAAUCCACAAUCCCCUGAGAAAAGCCACGCAUCUCAUUGAAUCUCAUAGAGUUAAUUUAAGCAAAUAUUUGCCUGUAACGUUAGUUGUACACUGAGCCCACCAAUUAAGCCGCCGGCUCAGUCAUUUCUCUCGAGUUUUGCAAAUUUAUUCAAUUAAAUUUAUCAAGUGGAAGUCUGUACAAGGACCGGGCUUAAAGUUUAUGUAAUUGACAUUUGAAUGAAUCAUUGAUUACACUAAGUUAGGGGAUGUCACCUGAAUUGAGUACAAGACAAUAUAAUGAACAUUUGUAAAUAUAGUUUAUCUUAAAGUUAAAAUUUUAAAUAAAAGCUAGCUUAGUAAUUAGUCUUUAAGCAUA